AUGUCACCAGCUGGACGCUUUUGUAGGGUCAUAUCACAAAGGUCUGGUUCAAAUACCCCACGAAAGUUCAAGGCUCUCGAUUCUAAUGAGUCAUCGCAAGGUGGCUCUGCGGAUUCUCAGGAAGAGGAUUACAAAGAUGAUGAGAUCUGGAAUGAAAUCGGAAAUAAGGACAACAUCGAAGGGGACAUUGCGGUCGCCUUGAAGAAGCUUGACGAAGCACAACCAUGGUAUCCUCUAAAGAGUUUGGCCAGAACGCCAGAACGAGAGGAGAAGAGCGAUUUGCAAGCUUGUUACGACGACACUGCAAGCCGCGAUUCUAACAGCCACGCGAGGACCCUGGUCCAAGACAGAGGGGAAAUAAAGUUGAACGAAGCUAACCAGGUCCAGAAACAAGCAGUCGAACCUCGCAUAAACAAUCCGGGUCAAGCCGUCAGGCUCGUCGCCGUGAGCAUAUCCAAACGGUCGAGUCCGGAGCACUAUCCGUCGCAAGAAUGGAUAUCUCAUAAUUUAAAAGGAGGCAGUCGACGGCUGUCGAAGGAGAGUGAUGAAGAGAAGAACACUUUAACGGUCAGCUCUAAAAACAAGACGAAUCUUCGCAGACCCACCAGAAGGAAUCGCAGAGAGAUGCCAGGAGCGCUUUGUGACGAUACUACAAUACAGGUAAAUGCGGGCGAGGGAGUCUCCCUGUCCCCCAAAUCAGAGCCCUUUCAUUUAUCACGGUCUUUUGACGGACAGGCACUGUUAUCGCGCGGCGCUAGACUCGCGCGGGCGAAAUUGCGAGGGGCGAGUUUUGAUCUGCCUGAAGCGGAAAUUGACAAGCGCAAGAACACUCAAAGCCAGACGCAUUCCUCUGGAGACGAACAAGUUGCAAGUAGUCUAGUUUCUCCAGGGAAGUCUUUCCUCGAAUUUUUGCAGAAGAAGACGGAAAAGGUGCGCAUCUCGUCGCCGAGAACAUCAGGAGAGCUGUUGGAGGGCCCUUUCCGAAAAAACACGCCUAGAUGGCAAAAAUCAGGGCGGGAUUUCGAGACCCUUUCGCAGCUAAAGUCUCGGAAAGGCGCGGCAUCGCCGCUUCAAGUAUACACUACCAUGCAAGCUGAACAAAAAGGACGGGUAGAUUCGAAAGGGUCCAAGAGAUCACCCAAGGAGAAGAAGCCUUCCCGAAUUGUGUCAUUAGAAUCUCCAAAGCACGUUGAGGGUGCGGUAGUGGAUGAGGAAUGA